AUGAUGAAAAACAAAGAAAAUUCUUUAAGUUAUGAUAACAAUGGAAAUUUAAUCGAGAAACUCUCUUAUCACAUAUCAACGAGCAUUGGAAUAUUUUUCUACAAUUUAGGACUUCGAGUCGCUAGAAAUCCAUGGAAAGUGAUUGCGAUUUGCUGGCUCUCAGUAUUAAUAUUCUCUACAGGAUUCUUAAAUUUCUAUCAAGAAAAGGAUCCAUUUAAGCUAUGGGUCCCAGACAACAUUGACUUUCACAAGCAUACAAAAUUCAUCGUAAAAAAUUACAAAGAGGGUUUAAAGACAGAGAGUGUCUUGAUAAUUAGUAAAAAUAAUGUACUUACUGAAGAAGUAUUUUCAAAACUGAGAAAAAUCACUCGGGAGAUCAAUAAUAUUAAAAUUGAGGGAGAACAUGGAGGAGUAAAAAAAUUAAACGAUUUAUGCUUCAAAGUGCCUUUAAUCACAAUCUAUUCAAAAUUGAUGGACAGUAUGGGAUCAAAUAACAAGCACAAACGUUCAAAUGACGAUACUACGGAAGAUCUUGGAGAAAUGAUUAACAAUAAUCCAGAUGAUUUUAUUAAAAAGAUGUUUGACCCAUCCUUUAAGAUCACAACGAAGCAAUAUUGUUCAAUAGUAAGUAAAUUAAAGCUCGGCUGUAUGCACGAGAAUAUUUUGGACAUGUGGAAUGCAGAGACAUCAAAUCUUACUAAACAUGACAUCACAGAGAAAAUAGACACAACGUACAUUAAUCGAGUGACUGGACAUGAAAUGAAUUUCACGACUCUCUUGGGUGAUGUAGAGAGGAACGCGAAUGGUCACGUAAUAUCAGCAAAAUCUCUCCUGACUAAUUUUAAUCUUCAUUUAAAUUUCUCAGAAAUUAAUCUAGAAAGAACUGGCAAUGCCGCUGGAACUGAAUCGUGGACAACGGUCAAUGUAAUGAGAUUUGAGGAGAAAUUUUUAAUUUUAAUGGGAAAGUUGAAGCGUGAAUUUGAAACUGAAGAUAUUAAAAUUUAUUAUGCAGCAGGUAGAAGCUAUGGAGAUAUUUCUGAAAAGACUCUCUUCCAAGACAUUUCAAAAGUUAUUUUUGGAACAUUUUUAAUGACAAUUUACAUGGUUUUCAUACUGUCUAAAUACAGCUGGGUGGAACUUCGUCUUCAAUUGACAUCAUUUGGUGUCAUGAAUAUUGGAAUGGCUUAUAUAAGUGGCUGUGGAUUAGCAUCAACAUUUAUGUUCUACACACCAGUCCAUUCGAGUCUAUUUUUCAUUAUUCUUGGACUUGGUGUCGAUGACAUCUUCGUGAUCAUGGCUGCAUACAGAAAAAUAACAAGCAUCAACAACAUUGAAAUGAGUUUAGAGGAGAAAAUAGCAAGAACAAUGCAAAAAGCUGGUGCAUCAAUAACAAUUACGUCUUUAACAGACAUUAUAGCAUUUUUAGUCGGUUCCUUCACAAUUCUUCCGUCCUUACGAUCAUUUUGUAUUUUUGGUGCUUUAUGUAUCUUAAUGACAUACAUUUAUGUCGUGACAUUCUUUGUUGCUGUACUUACAAUUGAUGAGAAGCGUGUAGCUGAUAAGCGUAAUGGCUUAGUGCCGUGCAUCAAACAUGAAGAAAAGACUCCAAGUUGCGAACCUAAAUUAAUGUGGAACUUCCUGCACUUUUUUCAUGGCAAAAUUAUUCUUACAAAAUUUGGGAAAAUUGCAGUCAUCUUGUCAGUUGUAGCUAUAACAGGAUUUUCAAUUCAUCGAUUGCUCCUGAUCAAGCAGAAAUUCGAUCCAAUGUGGUUUAUUCCGUCAAAGACCUACUUCUAUGAAUAUGUCAUGGAACAUCGAGAAUAUUAUCCAAAUCGUGGAUUUGAAGCUGGUGUUUAUAUGAACAACCUUAAUUAUACAGCAGAUCUGUCCAAAAUCAUUUUGAUGGCUAAAGAAAUUGAGAAUCAAAGUGAAAUUCUAUCAAAUGUGCAAGCAUGGCCGAUAAAGUUUCAAGAUUUUGUGCUUAGUCUCUAUGAAAUUGACUUGAUGACAUAUCGACUUAGUGAUGCAGAAUGGAAAGAUUAUUUAUCAAAGUUCCUGUUCAGUGUUGAUGGUGGGAAGUUUCAAGCUAAUUUUAGAUUCACUGAUAAACUCAUUUGUGGACAGCCAGCAUCAGAUAUUUUAAUUUCAUCCAUUACUUACACAUAUUUUCGAUUUGAUGAUCGCGAUGAGUUCAUUCCAGCUAGAGCAUCAAUUGAGAAUAUCGUAAAAUCAUUAAACUUUUCACAAAAUGACGUUUUUGUUUGGGGACGUGUUUUUGCGAAUUGGUAUACAGACGAGAUAAUUGAUUCAGAGAUUUAUCGGAAUAUUUCAUUGGCACUGAUUGGAGUGUUUAUAUGUACAACAGUUAUGAUUGUCAAUAUUCAAGUGUGCGCCUACAUUUUUACAUGCGUUCUGCUAUCACUUGUCAGUAUUGGUGGAUUUAUGCAGUUCUGGGGAUUGACGUUGGAUAUUGUGACUUCUAUUGGACUGCAAUUGAGUGUUGGACUAUGUAUUGACUAUGCAGCCCACAUUGGACACACAUUUUUAACAAUAUCGGAACCGGAUGGAAACAAACGAGCUCUUUUGACAGUAGAAGAAAUAGGAGGUGCCGUCCUGGAAGGCGGUGGAUCAACAAUGCUCGCAAUCAUGCUAUUAGCCACAUCAGAUGCUUACACAUUCAGGACAUUCUUUAAAAUUUUCAUAAUUGUGGUAAUUUUUGGACUUUAUUUCGGUGUGGUUUUUUUGCCAGUUAUUUUAAGUAUUUUCAAACCUAAGCCAUAUGAAGCUUAUGGAUCACAUCAUGAGUCGAAUAAUGAGAAUGAACUAGUACUUUUAGAUAAGGAUUCGAAGAAUAUUAAAAUUAUUAAGCAGAACGACAAAAUUAGCAACAGUAGCUGUGAUAAAACUGAAUGUUAA